AUGGAGGUUAGUUGUUUAACGUUGAAAGACCUGAUCCACUCCAGGCCGCCCAGACUCGAUUUUGAAGAUGGAGAAAACGCUCAGAAGGAAAAUAUUUUUGUUGAUCUAUCAAGAAUGGCUCCGAAGACGCCAAUAAAAAAUGAACCAAUUGACUUAUCAAAGCAAAAGCUCUUCUCCCCAGAAAGAAGCCCCAUUACACCAGUUAAGCUGGUGGACAGGCAGCAGAUAGAGCCCUGGACGCCCACCGCUAACCUGAAGAUGCUCAUCAGUGCUGCCAGCCCAGACAUCAGAGACCGUGAGAAGAAAAAGGAGCUUUUCCGACCCAUUGAGAACAAGGAUAAUGCUCUCACAGAGUCGCUGCAGCUUGAUGCUAUUGGUGACGCUGCUGCGGAUGAGUUUGACAAGCAAAGACCGAGCAGGAAGCAGAAGAGCCUUGGACUCCUAUGCCAGAAGUUUCUAGCUCGAUACCCGAGUUACCCCCUGUCAACUGAGAAAACCACCAUCUCCCUUGACGAAGUGGCCAUCAGUCUCGGCGUUGAGCGGAGGCGGAUCUAUGACAUCGUGAAUGUGCUGGAGUCCCUGCAGCUGGUCAGCCGGGUGGCCAAGAACCAGUAUGGCUGGCAUGGGAGGCACAGCCUGCCCCAGACCCUGAGGAGCCUGCAGAGACUCGGUGAGGAACAGAGAUACAGAGAACAAAUGGCCCACCUGCGGCAGAAGGAGCUGGACCUUGCAGAGGAGAAGUUCGGAGAGCACGAGAAGGAAGGGGUCCAGGAGCAGCCGCUGCUGGACUUCUCGGACCCUGACAGCCAUUCCUUGUCUGCAAAUAGUCGGAAAGAUAAGUCUCUGAGAAUCAUGAGCCAGAAGUUCGUCAUGCUCUUUCUGGUCUCCAAAACCAAGAUUGUCACUCUCGAUGUGGCCGCUAAGAUCCUGAUAGAAGAGAGUCAAGAUGCUGCCGACCACAGCAAAUAUAAAACCAAGGUGCGGCGUCUCUACGACAUCGCCAAUGUGCUCAGCAGCCUGGCUCUCAUCAAGAAGGUGCAUGUCACAGAGGAGCGAGGCCGCAAGCCCGCCUUUAAAUGGAUUGGACCUGUGGACUUCAGCACUGGAGAGCCAGGGGGCUACUCCUUAGAGGUGGGAAGUAUGGCCAAUGUCUACAAGCAGACAAUUGAAGAAACAUCACUGGCUGGUGCCUUUCCCAGGAAGAGGACAGUACCUCCUGUAGGCAACCUGGAUAACUCUGCCCCUUCCCCAAUUCCUGCAGUGGAGUCUGAAUUUGGUGUCAGUUCCUUGGUCUGUCCAGCAUUUCCUGUGGCUUCAACUAUGACAGAUUUGAAAGCUGCCAGCGGACAGGUUGGCAUCCCCCUGGCUUCUGCUGCCUCAGAUAUGGAGAGCUUAACUCCAGCCCUACUGGCCAGUCAACCUUUGGUGUACGUGCCCUCCAGCUCCUUGUUUAUGCUCUACGGGAGUCUACAGGAGGGGCCCUCCCCGGGUCCUGGUGCUGAGAGGGAAGGCAUGACCUUCAAAGGCAGCAUAGAAGCCCAGCCAGUGAGCUCAGCCGCAUCCUCAUCUCUGUCCUCAUCCAUGACAUCCACGCAGAAGCGGCCCAGAGAGUACAGGAGCCCCAAGGAGGAAGAAGAACUGGCCAGCAAGCGGCUGAGCCAUGACUAUGAAGACAGGCCUCUGCCCCUUGUCGUGCCCAAGAAAUCCCCCAACUGUGAGGACACCCCAUCACUCGGCCUCCCAGUACCUGCACCCCUCAAAGACCACCACGCUGGUGGCCAGUUUCCCGCCACUACGGAGGUGUUGGGGAAAGCAAUAGUCAACAUGUCUUCCAAGUGGCAAAACCCUGAUGUUGAAAAACACCCACAUGAAGCAGAAAGCAGCCAAGAACCCUCCCUGCUGCCGUACCUUUACCUGCAGACCCCAGCCGGGUUAAAUGGUUUCAAUGUGAUCCUAUCUGGCCCCCAGCAUCUCCAGAACCAGGGGCCCCCGCUCGGCAUUCCCUGCAUGGUGCUCCCAUCUCCAGCCCUUGCCCCAUUCCCUGUCCUCUACUCCCCAGCCCUGCCCCAGCCUGCGCCCUCUGCCUCCAGCUCUCUCCCGCCCUCUGUGCCUCUGAAUUUGGGCCUUCCCAGCCUGGGGUCUGCGUCACACCUCCUCAUCAGCCCUACCACUAUGGUCAACCCCAAAUCGCCAGCACGCCCAGCUACAGAUCCUCAGCUUCCAGGCCAGUGCUCACUGAACCUGAGCCCAGUCAUGUCCAGGUCUCACCAGGCUGUCCAGCCUGAGUCUCCAGCCUAUGAGGCCCAAGCAGUCUCCAUGAUCAAAUUACAGCAGUCUCCAGCCCCAAUGACCCCCAAAAGCAUCCGAGGUGCACAUCGAGAGACAUUCUUCAAGACUCCAGGCAACCAUGGGGAACCCCCUAAGCGACGAGAAAGGAACCAGACACGCCCCAGCAGCUCAGCACAGAGGCGGCUGGAGAUACCCAGCAGCGGGGCCCCCUAG